AUUUUUCUCCAUUUCAUGCAUAGAAAUGUCAACUCAGCACCGUAACACCUACCCCAGUGACAGAGACAACGAUGAAAAUAAGAUAUCAAUGAAGGGUCCGGGUUUCCAUCUUGAAAUCGAUCCAUCCAGCACGACUAAGAUCUCAUUUUCUGUUCAUAAAAAUGAAGUAGAAAUCGUGCUGAAAAUGAAGGAAGAAAAAGAGGUCUUGGCAGUGGGUGUGCAGCCUCAGGAAGAAAGAAACUUCGGAGUGGGACUGGACACUGCUCCCGACACUUCGGGGUCGGAGACACGCGAUGAAGAAAUGUCCGAGAUAGGACCACUGCGAUCUGAUGAAGGGAGGCAAGUUUCUCCGGGAUUGCCAGAAGAGUGAUCGCGAAUCACAUUCUAUAGUCAUGAUAGUUGGGAGAGAAUUAAGGGGGAGGGGGCAGGAGAGGGGUAGGGUGAAUGGUAAGACAAGAGUCAAUAUUCUGAAAUAGAUGCCUUAAUUACUUUACUAUAAUCUUCCUAUGCUGCGUUUGACCAUUUUAAAAAAAUAUAAUUUCUAACAUUAAAUAUACAAAGUAAUCAAAUGUGUUUGUUUGCAUUUUAAACUGAGAACAGGAUGAAUUUAAUAAUAUAUAUUUCUCGUUCGUUUAUGAAUAACUUCAAUAAUCAUAGCGUCCUGUUGGGUCUCUUAUGCUGAAACCAAGAGGCCGUUUUUACUUGCACGGUGCACAUUCACUUUUAAUGUAUAUAAGUUAAAUUUCAAAUUACUUCACCAUGGCACCUCGCACUGAUACACAGAAUGUGUUCAUCCCGGGAUAGCUUUGAAGCUGCUGAAAGGGAUUACUAUUCAAGGUUCACACACCUUGUAUAUUUAGAUGCAAUAUCUGAUAAAAUACGGGAAUUAGUGUGUAUGAUAAUGUGUACCCAGAAAAGAAACAAAUGCAUUUAUGAACUGCUUGGCGAAGAGAGCAAGAACAAGCGCAAAAUCCCAUUAGCUAAAAAAGAAAAAAAUCUGAGACCGUUGUACCUGAAUGUACACUUUGCUUUUAGAGUACUAAGUUAUGUGGUAAUCAAUAACUCUUUCAUUGAACUCAUUCAUUUUUUUUCUUCGAUUUUCAGAAGGUAACUUGCCUAGCAGGGUAUACUCGGCUUCUAUUACUCCUAUCUGUAAUGUACAUUACAAAAAAUUCUUGUCCAUAUUCGCGUAUAGACAGUUAAGAGGCUCUUUAUUAAUUAUGUAUAUAUAUUUUUGUCGCAUUUCUGUAUAUUCUGGACACAUAAGAGGCCUUUUGUAGAACUGAUUUUAUCAUGUGUAUGUUUAGUCAAAGUGAUGUCAGAAUUCUUAGAUUAAUGAGAAGCGGGAGGGGUGGGGGAUCGCUAUCCAAAAAGGGGUAUGAUGUAGAUAAUACAUGUCCACUUCAUCAUUUUCUAUAUAAGGAUUUAAUGGGACGGGGUAAACUAUAAUUUACCACCCCCCCAUGGAUUUUUGCCGGUUUUCGAUUGAUGUGAUUCUGAUUCACAUUAUAAUUAUGUGCAGGGGGGGGGGUCAGUUUUACUCCACAAUAUAGUUGUCAAAUUACUCAAAUUAGCUUGUUCGUAAUUAUUCAACUACUUUGAUAUGUAUAUUGAAUUGUUAUAUUUCAUAAUCAAUCUAAAGUGUAAUUUUAAUAAUAAUUUUGAGACGCGAAAUUCAAUUUUGCUGUUAUUGUAGAAACAAACGAAAUGGAAUCGAAGUGAAAUGAAAUGAAAUUGAUUUAGGUUUAAUCUUGUGUAUGGUAGUUAUCCCAAUACUGAUUUUCAUUGUCAUGAUUUGUUGUCGCGACUGAUAACUGUAUAACAAUGACUGACAUAAU